AUGGCUUUAUCUCUAAAGCAGCAUCAAUGCCGUCACUUGGGUACGGCAAAGCCACAAGGGAAGCUGCCAAAGAAGCUACCGAUUGCCGGCGUGAAGAAGAUAGUUUUGGUAUCAUCGGCCAAAGGAGGUGUUGGCAAGUCCCUGGUCAGUGUAAACCUUGCGUACGCCAUUAAACACGUUCACCAGAACCUGCAAAUUGGCAUACUCGAUGCCGAUCUGUUUGGGCCAUCGCUGCCAAAAAUGACCGGCCUCAGUGGCCAACCAGAACUAAACAAACAAAAUAUGAUGCUUCCUCUAGUGAACUAUGGCGUCAAGUGCAUGUCAAUGGGUUUUCUCGUCGAAGAAGAGAAUCCAGUCAUUUGGCGUGGUCUCAUGGUAAUGUCCGCUCUGCAAAAGCUGCUUCGUUCAGUCAACUGGGGAGAGCUGGACAUUCUCGUCGUCGACAUGCCACCUGGAACGGGCGACACACAGCUUUCCAUCGUCCAAAAUAUUCCCAUCGACGGAGUACUGCUCGUAACGACACCUCAACAAGUAGCUCAGGCGGACGUCAUUAGAGGAGCAAACAUGUACCGCAAUCUCGAAGUGCCUAUCCUCGGUCUGGUGCAGAAUAUGAGCUACUACAAGUGCUCAAACUGUUCACAUAAUCAUCAUCUUUUCGGCCCUGAUAGUGGCUCAAAGUUGGCGCAAAAGUUGGACGCCGAACUAGUGGCCGAUAUACCGAUUUUGCCUGAACUAAGCACGUGCUCUGAUGAUGGUUGUCCAAUUGUGGUUAAAGAUCCACAAUCAGAUGGUUCUCAG